AGAGGCCUCUGUGCGGAAAGUUUUCCUUUUAUGGAGAGGGGCCGCAGCACGAGCGCGUUUAAAGCCUGCGGCUGGCGGGAGCCGGCGCAGUCCAGUCGAGCCACCGGCGGAGAGAACCACAGCAGCCGCGGCACCUUCUCGCGCAGAACAUGGAAGACGAAAUCGCCGCCCUGGUCGUGGACAACGGCUCCGGCAUGUGCAAAGCCGGCUUCGCAGGAGACGAUGCUCCGCGCGCGGUGUUCCCCUCCAUCGUGGGACGGCCCCGGCACCAGGGCGUGAUGGUGGGCAUGGGCCAGAAGGACAGCUACGUGGGGGACGAGGCGCAGAGCAAGAGGGGCAUCCUGACCCUCAAGUACCCCAUCGAGCACGGCAUCGUCACCAACUGGGACGACAUGGAGAAGAUCUGGCACCACACCUUCUACAACGAGCUGCGGGUGGCGCCUGAGGAGCACCCGGUGCUGCUGACGGAGGCGCCGCUCAACCCCAAGGCCAACAGGGAGAAGAUGACCCAGAUCAUGUUCGAGACCUUCAACACCCCGGCCAUGUACGUGGCCAUCCAGGCCGUGCUGUCGCUGUACGCCUCCGGCCGCACCACCGGCAUCGUCAUGGACUCCGGCGACGGCGUCACCCACACGGUGCCCAUCUACGAGGGCUACGCUCUGCCGCACGCCAUCCUGCGUCUGGACCUGGCGGGCCGGGACCUGACCGACUACCUCAUGAAGAUCCUGACGGAGCGCGGCUACAGCUUCACCACCACAGCCGAGCGCGAGAUCGUGCGCGACAUCAAGGAGAAGCUGUGCUACGUGGCGUUGGACUUCGAGCAGGAGAUGGGCACCGCCGCCUCCUCCUCGUCCCUGGAGAAGAGCUACGAGCUGCCCGACGGCCAGGUCAUCACCAUCGGCAACGAGAGGUUCCGCUGCCCCGAGGCCCUGUUCCAGCCCUCCUUCCUGGGUAUGGAGUCCUGCGGCAUCCACGAGACCACCUUCAACAGCAUCAUGAAGUGCGACGUGGACAUCCGCAAGGACCUGUACGCCAACACCGUGCUCUCCGGAGGAACCACCAUGUACCCGGGCAUCGCGGACCGCAUGCAGAAGGAGAUCACGGCUCUGGCUCCCACCACCAUGAAGAUCAAGAUCAUCGCUCCUCCAGAGAGGAAGUACUCGGUCUGGAUCGGAGGCUCCAUCCUGGCCUCGCUGUCCACCUUCCAGCAGAUGUGGAUCAGCAAGCAGGAGUACGACGAGUCCGGCCCCUCCAUCGUGCACAGGAAGUGCUUCUAAAGAGACUCUGGUGGCGACGCACUGCUGCCAACACACGGGGCUGGUGGCGCCUCACUGGACCGAUGGCCUCGUCACUAUGCCCCCUGGUGGGGGACCUGCGCGUCCAGAGCCGUGUGAAUGUCAGGACCAUUGUGUUUGUGUAGGUCAUUCCAGAUGUC